GCCCUCACUUCGAUACUACCGAGGCCGUCGAGGCCUCCGCCCUCACUUCGAUACUACCGAGGCGAUCGUGGCUCCUGAGACUCCCCCCACCCCCUCCUUGAGGCCAAGAAUCCAUGGCGGGCGUCGGCCAGCUCCAUCUCGGCACCCCCUUCCUCCCUUCCGCCUCCAUCCGCGGGCGGUCCUCUGGCGGCGGGGGAUCCCGAAGGCUGACCACGCGGAUUCAGGCCAAGAUCCGCGAGAUCUUCAUGCCGGCGCUGAGCUCGACGAUGACCGAGGGAAAGAUCGUUUCUUGGGUGAGGGCCGAGGGCGACAAGCUCUCCAAAGGUGAGAGCGUCGUCGUCGUCGAGUCUGAUAAGGCCGACAUGGACGUCGAGACAUUCUACGAUGGAUAUCUCGCGGCGAUCAUGGUCGAGGAGGGCGACGUCGCCGCAGUCGGCUCCGCUAUCGCCCUCCUCGCCGAGACUGAGGACGAGAUCCCCCUUGCCAAAUCCCAGGCCUCCUCCUCCUCCUCCCCCGCCGCUUCUCCUCGGGCCGCCGAAACCCCAGUCCCACCAUCUCCUUCAGAGACCGCCCCAGAAGCCGUAUCCUCUCCUCCGCCUUCUCCGAAAUCCUCCCAGGCCGCUGUUUCUUCUACCCAUCCGGCAUCUGAGAGCGGGCGCAGGAUCGUGGCCACGCCCUAUGCGAAGAAGCUCGCCAAGGAUCUGAAGGUGGAGCUGGGAUCCGUGGCCGGGAGUGGGCCGAUGGGAAGAAUUGUGGCCAAGGAUGUGGAAGCUGCGGCUGCGGUGGCGGCUGCUGCUGCCCCUGUGUCGAGUGUUCCACCGAAAUCCAUCUCCGAUUCUGCUGCGGUGAAGGCUCCAGCUUCUCCAGCCAUCCAAUUGGGCACUGUGGUUCCAUUCACCACAAUGCAGGGUGCCGUCAGCAAGAACAUGGUGGAGAGCCUCUCGGUGCCUACGUUCCGGGUUGGUUAUACCAUCACCACGGAUGCACUUGAUAGCCUCUACAAGAAAAUAAAGUCGAAAGGAGUGACCAUGACUGCACUGCUAGCAAAGGCGACUGCUUUGGCAUUGACAAAGCACCCUGUUGUUAAUUCCAGCUGUAGGGAUGGUAAGAGCUUCACAUACAACAGCAGCAUCAACAUUGCUGUUGCCGUGGCUAUCGAUGGAGGGUUGAUUACUCCGGUUCUGCAGGAUGCUGACAAGGUUGACAUCUAUUCAUUGUCAAGGAAAUGGAAGGAGUUGGUUGAUAAGGCUCGAGCUAAGCAGCUGCAACCUCAUGAGUACAACAAUGGUACAUUCACUCUUUCGAACCUUGGAAUGUUUGGUGUUGACCGUUUUGAUGCAAUUUUGCCUCCUGGAACUGGCGCAAUCAUGGCUGUUGGUGCCUCCCAGCCAUCUGUUGUUGCCACAAAGGAUGGUAGGAUUGGUGUGAAGAGUCAGAUGCAGGUGAAUGUAACUGCAGAUCACCGGGUAAUUUAUGGAGCGGAUCUUGCUGCCUUCUUGCAAACUCUGGCCAAAAUUAUUGAGGAUCCCAAAGAGCUGACAUUGUAGUUGCUGCAACAGACUAGAUAUUCCUUUACGGUCUGUUUCUUCUAUUAACUGAAUUUUGUAAACUUCGUCAGGGAAAUAGUUUUACAAGUAGAGCUUCAGGAUAGGUGCUUGUUGUAAUAUGAGCUAGCUAUUUUAUGUUCAACCCGGCUCAUAGCCUCUUGUAGGUCUUGAGGGAACUGGAUCUUCUUUUGAUUUGUUGACUGCAUAAUUCACUCUUGAAUCUGUCCCCUUGCUAUUUUCAAAUAAAGUUUUUUGCUUUUUGCGAGACA